ACAGGAGUGGGUUUUGAAUUACCCGCAGAACACGUGAUUAAUCAUGGCUGCCAGCAACUUGUAAGCACGUUUUCUGAUGAAAAAAACCCCUGUUUUUGGCCGUAUUUCUUCUGUUCGUUACCAAAUAUCCCUAAAUGAAGUAGAACUAGAACAAUAGUUAUCGGAUUGCUAGCUGACAUCGGUUGUAAUGCAUUCUCAGACACUGAAAGGGCCUAAACAACACAGUUUGUACAAAGUAGGCCUGCACCGUCCAUGUACAUGAUCAGCCUACUACACUGAACACUGAAGUACAUGUAGCCUAUGUACAUCAUCAUCAUCAUGCACUGCAUCAGCAUCAUGAUCAUGUUGGCCUGGGCCUUCAUACAUGUAAUUGACUCAGUAGACUAGCGGGGCCUAAAGUACUAAGUACGUCAUUCAGAUAUCCAUUGAUUCAAUUCUGUAGCUAGCUAGCUAGGGCCAGUUGCGUUUGUGUUCAGGGUUCAGUUCAGCAGCAGGCCUCUCUUGAAUUGUAGGCCUUUCUUUUAUUUAAGUGGCCUGCCCAUCGCCCCCCCCAUAUGCCUGAUUUGAGGCAUUGAGUGUGUCGUCGUGGAUCGAUAAUAUGCUGUAUUCUUUUAGUCAUUUUCUGUCUUUACCUUUUCAGGGUGAAGAUAAAAGUGGGCGAUGUUGAUGCUAUGGUAUCGCCCGAUAUUUUGCAGAUUCUGCAGAGUCCGGAUUCAGCUCCAGCAUUAAAAAGCAACAUCAUACAACAGAUACUGAGUCAGAAAGCAAGACUAAGUGCUCAAUCACAGGCAGCUCCUCCAAGACCAAGACCAGCCCCAGCAGCUGCUGGAGCUCCACCUGCUCAUGCAGCUGAUGCUCCACACCACCAAAUAGACCAAGCAGCAGAUACUCCACAAGACCCACCAGCAUAUUAUGAUCCUGCUGAUGAUGCUCCACCACUUGAAGCUGAGCCUGUGGCACCCAUGCCCGUUGCCCAUAUUAUUUGGUUACCAAAUGAACAGGCCAAGCUGGUAGAAUUACGGUUGGAACAGGAAGACAAGUUUCGUGCUGCCAACAGGCAUGACCUGCUGUGGACGAGUAUCGCCAAGGAAAUUAACCCAGAAAUUAGCGGAACACAGUGUCUGAACAAAUGGAAGUACAUCAAGUCUAAGUAUACGAAGCAUUUGGAUGGCCAGAAUUCCACUGGGAAUGCCCGGUUACCUGCUCCAAUGUUUUUUGAACAAUUGGACAGGGUUUACGGAACCCGGGCAGUGAACCGUCCAAAAAAACUCAUGGACUCUAUGCGGCCCAAAGAGGCUGUAGACAUGGUAGAUGCAGUUGAGGUUGUUGGGGGUAAUGAUGAUAAUGGGGCUGGGCCUGGGGUAGCUAAAGUUGGUGAACCGCGUCCGAAAAAGCAGAAACUUUCAGACCGGGUCUCUCCGCAAGACAAGGUUGUGAUUCAAAUCCAAGAGAUGCAGGAAGGUCAGAUCCGUGUUGAAAAUAUGAUGGAAAGGCAUCAUGGUGAGAGGUUGACAUGUAUGAACCGCUUUUUGGAUUUGUUCGAAAAGUCAGUCAACCAUCACACUUAAUAGACUAUAGGCCUUAUAGUCCAUGUACAUUGUAGAGCCAGGCAAAGAAAAGGCCUGCAUGGGUAAUACAUGUAUGAUCACAAGUUUACAGUGUGCCA